CCUGCAGUUCCGCUUCCAGCUUUUGGUUCUCUGUUCCUAAAGAAAGUGAGGCUCGGAGCCGGAGCGACCGCCCCCAAAACCCACAGGACUCCUGGUCUCGGAUCAUUGGCAGUGUCCCCCAAACCCCCAAUUUCUGCGGCAAGGGGGUGAUCAAGGCGACAUUUAAGACUGGAAUCGGAGGAGGGGCAGUGACGGUUCUUAUCCAGUGUCGCGGGUGAGGACGUUCAAACUCAGAGGCGUGAACAAGGUCUCACUAUUGUGGAUGCGUUGGCGCCGGGAUUCGAACCCGCGCUAAGCCGAGGUCUUGUGGAGUUGAAAUGGCCCACUCUUUGGUUUGUGCAGACACAGUGAGCAGUGUUGGGUUCAGCCCCUCUGCUCGGCCUGAUUCUGAUGUCUCAAGGGUGAGUUCAGUGCUUAAUCGCAACACCCGGCAGUUUGGAAAGAAGCACCUGUUCGACCAGGACGAGGAGACGUGCUGGAACUCGGACCAGGGCCCCUCCCAGUGGGUGAUACUAGAGUUUCCCCAGCGGAUCUGUGUCUCCCAGCUGCAGAUCCAAUUCCAGGGAGGUUUCUCCAGUCGCCUGGGCCACCUGGAAGGUUCUCAGAGGAAUGAGGCUCUCAAUAAGAUUGUGGACUUCUACCCUGAAGACAAUAACUCAAUUCAGACCUUCCCUGUACCAGCUACUGAAGUGGACCAGCUAAAGAUAACGUUUGAGGACCUCACUGACUUUUUUGGCCGUGUGAUCAUCUACCACCUGAAAGUGCUGGGGGAGAAGGUGUGAAGCCACUGGGCAGCCUCCUCCAGGAAACCCUU